AUGGCCUCUACUGAAUUCUUGGGCGAAGGUGCCUCUUUAGCUAGACCCUUGCCUUUAAUGGGUCUGCUUAUAUGUACUGUUAUCUUUCUAAAGGCAAGUGGUCUUGAUAUAUUAGAUGCAGUAGAAAAUGGUCCUUAUGUGCCUAGACUUGCUGGUACUGAUGGAUCAUUAAUCAAGAAACCAAGAUCUGAUUGGUCUGAUGAUGAUAAGAAAAGAGUUGACUAUAAUGCAAAAGCCAAAAAUAUAAUAACUUCUGCUUUGAGUGCUGAUGAGUUUUUCAGGGUAUCAAAUUGCAAAACCGCCAAAGAAAUGUGGGAUACACUCCAAGAAACUCAUGAAGGCACAACUGAUAUCAAGAGAGCUAGAACCGGUGCAUGA